CACACACAUCUUUUCCCUCAUGAAGUUCCAAGGAAUGUCCUUCCAAGAGUUUGACUCCCUUGCAAGAACAGAACUUACAGCAAUAUAAAUAUCCUGUGUCAAAGCCUGUUGAAGACUCUUCUGUUUGCUGCUCUUCACUCACCAUGAAGAACAUUACGCAACUCUUCUCAGCAGUCUUGCCGUGGCUGCUACUGCUGUUCACUCCAUUAGGGUUUUGUGACCAGAGAGUUCAUUGCCAGUGGGGGCCUUACGGUGAUUGGUCACAGUGUGACGGCUGCACCAAAUUACAGACAAGAAGCCGAGUCAUGGCCGUCUACGCUCAGUUUGGAGGGAACCCCUGCGAUGGAGGGCGGACUCAGACCAGGUCCUGUGAAACCACGACAGGCUGCCCUCUAGAGGAUGGGUGCGGAGACAGGUUUCGCUGUCGAUCGGGGAAGUGUGUCAGCCAGUCUCUGGUGUGUAACGGGGAUCAGGAUUGUGAGGAAGAUGGACACGAUGAACGUGUCUGUGGCACUGAAAAAUACAUUGUGUGUACAAAAACAACUCUGCCGCCUAACGUUGAACACUUGGGACUCGGGUUUGAUGUGGUUUCAGGGAAGCGGCGGGCCAGUGUCAUUAACACAAAGAGCUUUGGGGGCCAGUGUCGCACCAUCUACAGCGGUGUCCACAAUGCUAUCUACAGACUGCCCCUCAGUACUAUCCAGUACAGCUUUUUGGUUAAAGCUCAGAAUGACUUCAGUGAUGAGAUGUUCUCCAGCACAUGGCACUAUGCAAAAGACAUUGUCAACAGACAGAAAGUGUCCGGGACCACAACAGGAUAUCGAAACUAUGACCUUCACGAGACAGAAGACAGAAGCAGAACCCAGAAGAUUUUAGUUUUAAAGAAUGACAUAGAGGUGGCUCAGUUCCAGAGCAACUCUGCUCAGUAUCUCCCGAUAUCUGAGGAGCUGUGGAAGGCACUGGUCAAACUCCCCUCAGUCUACAACUAUGCUGCCUACAGGAAGGUUUUGGAAAGGUUUGGAACACACUACCUGUCUGAGGGAAACCUUGGAGGCUCCUUCAAGGUCCUCGCCAGGAUUGAUGAAGAAACAGAAAAAUAUAUGUUGAGGGAAAGCCAUCAGUACAACGAAUGUGAAAGGACUAAACGUUGGAUUCUUUUUUUCCCCAUCACCCGCGUGGACUGCAGGAGUGGUCAACACAGCCACACAUCAUCUCAUGGUUCAACCAGGAAUAGUCAGGUGAAAAGAGUGGAUGUGGAAGGAGGAGGCAUCCAACAUAUUGCAGCACUGAAGACCAUGCAGCUCGCUGAUCCGAAUAGGAACUGGGAAAUGUACUCAAACUGGGCUGACUCUGUUCGAUCAUUUCCACAAGUCACAAAACAAAAGCUGCGGCCGCUGUCAGAGCUGGUGAAGGAGGUCCAGUGUGCAGGGGUGAAGAAGCUCUACCUUCGCAGGGCCAUAGAGCAGUACCUUAGCGAGAGCGACCCCUGCCACUGCCGGCCCUGCAGAAACAAUGGCAUCGUCGUCAUGGAUGGAGAUGAAUGCAAAUGCAUCUGUAAGCCCGGCACGUCAGGCCUGGCCUGUGAGCAGGGAACUGAGGUGGAGGGUCAGCAGGGAGUGAUCCACGGUAGCUGGACCUGCUGGUCCGCCUGGUCGUCGUGCUCUGGGGUUCGAAGGUCAAGAAGUCGCUCCUGCUCUAAUCCCACUCCUCAAAACGGGGGACAACAUUGCAUCGGAGAAACAACUGAGACAUCUGACUGUGAAGACCAAGACUUGAAAUACUUAAAAAACAUGGAGCCUCAGUGCUUUGACCAAACACUCACAGCGAGUCAGAGGUGUGGAACCCCACCUGCUCUCAUCAACGGCUACGUCCUGGACCCUAAGGACAUUUACCUUGUGGGCAGUAAGGUUGAGUACACCUGCACUGACGGUUACUACCUUAUCGGCCAAACAACCCUAGAAUGCACUGCUAAUCAAACCUGGUCUAGCAGGCCUGGACUGUGCACAGUCUCAAUGUGCAGGCUUGAGUCCCUCACUGAUGGCGUCACAGCCUCUCCUCUAAAUGAGGCCUAUGGCAUAGGGGAGACAGUCACCUUGUCCUGUCCGCCAGGUCAACAGCUUUUAGGAGAAACAAUGAUUAUAUGUGACCCCAGUCUGAAUUUUUCACCAGACCCAGCAGACACCAAAUGCAGCCCAGUCACUGUGCCACAAGUCAUCGCUCCCUUGGUGCAAUGUAAACCAUGGGAGAAGUCUUCCAGAGGAAAAUGUGUUUGCAAAAUGCCUUUUGAGUGCAGUUUGUCUUUGGAGGUGUGUGCCAGUCCUGUUGUGAGGAGAAAAACAGUCCUUCUGAAUGUGUGCAAAAUGCAUGCGCUGCAGUGUAUGGGCAAGAACCACGUGAUCGAGGAGGAUGUCGCCUGCAACUGGCCGGAGCGUAACACGACAGGCUGCGCCAACUGUCACAUGUGGGAGACCUGUGAUGAUCAAAGCAACGAGUGUCGCUGUAAGGACUCUGCAGAUUGCUUGAACCCAGGAUUAAACGUGUGUGUCCGUGUCGGGGAGGACGCGACUGCAGCAAAUCAGACCCUGAGCGAGUGUGAAGCAGGGCUGAAGCGGUGUAAAGGAGAAAAAGUGUCAGUUGUCAGUAUCCUGCCUUGCACUGCCUGAGGAUGCAGGAGGAGGAUUUGACCUCACGACCUUCUAUCUCCACCUUCCUUCAAACAUUGAUCCUGUAUCACACUUUCCUCGUGCAUUUCCAAUGAUUGUAUUAAGAGUCACUGCUUCAACUCAUAGUGAAAUCACCUUGUUAUUCAUGUACAAAACUAUGGUGUUAAACUGUGUUCAGACUGUGUUGAAUUCCGUUUCAUUAUUUCGCUUUUGAUGAUGGUCUUAUAUACACUGCUCAAAAAAAUAAAGGGAACACUAAAAUAGCA